AAAUAACAUUCUACUGAAAGUCAUUUACUUCUUAAUUUUUUUAACUGUUAAUUCUUAUAACUUUAUAAAUUUAGAUAUAUUCUAUAAAAUUAAUUUUAAACAACAUAAAAUUGCUCAUGCUAAUUACAACAUGUUUAUUAGUACUGUUUUUUUUUUCGUUACGAUCUUUAGUGUCAUCCAUUCAUUAUAAUGGUGUACAAGCUAUCGAGUCAACAACCUCUCCGUUAUAUUCAUCGAAUGUUACAAAGUUGUCAUCUGUUGGAGGUAGUGAUUAUUAUCUUUUGAAAAACAAUGAUGAUAUUGUAGAUAACCUGUAUAAUUUAAAUCAAGACAAUGAGAGUUCUGCUACCUUUUUAUUGGAAAAGAAGAUUGAAAAUUCUGCAGAAUAUGCUUUCAUGUCGUUGUUACGAGCUAUAGAUAUGGCGACAUCUAAUGAAAGUGCAAAGAAUCAGACCAUGAGUAAUAACAGAUGCGUUAGACUUUCGUGCAGAAACAGAGGCCCUGAUAUUUCAAACUCAUCGACAGAAGAGACUUAUCCCCGGGUUUCUAGAGAAGUAACACCAAUGUCACAACCUACACCGCAGAAAGUCACAAAUUCAAACUCAAACUCUCAGAUGACGCCAUCAGAUAACGCUAAUGCUCAACCCUCUAGCCCAAGCAGUCAAAAAACAAACUCAAACUCCCAGACGCCAUCAACGGGUAAUGGUAAUCCUAAAUCCUCUUAUCCAAGCAGUAAAAACUCUGACUCCAAUUCUGACUCUUCUUCUAACACUAACCCCGUUUCUAGUUCUAACUCUAACCCAAAUUCUAGUUCUGACUCCAACUCUAAUUCUCAUACGUUGUUAAAGGGUAACACUAAUUCUCAAUCCCCUAACCAAAGCAGUACUCCACAAGGAGAAAAAACUAAUGAAUUAAAUACAUCCUCACCGCCCUCAAGCACUAAUACAUUUUCAUCAUCCAAAUUAGCCACUUCCUUAGUAGGUGGCGGCACCCAAUCAUCAAACCCACGUGCUAGAAGCUCCUUGCUUAAUGCUUCAACAGCAGUAAAAAGAUUCAAUGGGGCUCCGCAAUUACAAGGGUCUGGUGGAGCUUCAAGACCAGACAUUUCUGAUGGAGGUGCGAAACCCAACAAUUCAGAUGGAGGUGCCAAACCAGACGGUUCAGAUGGAGCCGCGAAACCAGACGGUUCAGAUGGAGCCGCGAAACUUGACGGUCCUGAUUUAGCCGCAAAACCAGACGGCUCAGAUGGAGCCGCAAAACCAGACGGUUCUGAUUUAGCCUCGAAACUUGACGGUUCUGAUUUAGCCGCAAUACCAGACGGUUCAGAUGGAGCCGCAAAACCAGACGGUUCAGAUGGAGCCGCAAAACCAGACGGUUCUGAUUUAGCCUCGAAACUUGACGGUUCUGAUUUAGCCGCAAAACCAGACGGUUCAGAUGGAGCCGCAAAACCAGACGGUUCUGAUUUAGCCUCAAAACUUGACGGUUCUGAUUUAGCCGCAAAACCAGACGGUUCAGAUGGAGCCGCAAAACCAGACGGUUCAGAUGGAGCCGCAAAACCAGACGGUUCUGAUUUAGCCUCGAAACUUGACGGUUCUGAUUUAGCCGGAAAACCAGGCAGUUUAGAUGGAGCCUCAAAACCAGACGGUUCUGAUUUAGCUGCGAAACCAGACGGUUCAGAUGGAGCCGCGAAACCAGACGGUUCAGAUGAAGCCGCGAAACCAGACGGUUCAGAUGAAGCCGGGAAACCAGACAAUUCAGAUGGAGCUGCGAAACCAGACGAUUCAGAUGGAGCUGCGAAACCAGACGGCUCGGAUGGAGCUGCCAAACCAGACGGUUCUGAUUUAGCCGGAAAACCAGGCAGUUUAGAUGGAGUCUCAAAACCAAACGGUUUAGAUGGAGCCACGAAACCAGACGGCUCGGAUAUAGCCGCGAAACCAGACGGUUCAGAUGAAGCCGGGAAACCAGACAAUUCAGAUGGAGCUGCGAAACCAGACGAUUCAGAUGGAGCUGCGAAACCAGACGGCUCGGGUGAAGAGUUACCAACGACACCUCAAUCUAAUCCAAAGAAAAAAAAAGGAUUAUCUAGUCUUUUUCCCUCGCUUCAACUAAGUCCAACAGGUGUAGAAAUGACUACGCCUUUGGGUAGCAUGGGUGUAGGGAAGCCUCAGGGAGGCGUCACCUUAUCACGACAAGGUCUACGAAGGGGCUUAGCCCGUAUUCAUAUACGUGAUUCUUCUGUCGACCAAAGACAACUAACUAAUUAUACUUCUUUUCAAAAAAUAAAUGAAAAAGCAUUAAACAGCGAAGCCUCAUUAAAGAAAGUAGAAGAAAAGAAGUUUAUCCAGAGGAAACAAAGAGCAAUACCAAUUUCUGUUACCAACCCACCUCCCAUAUCAUUGACUCCAGAAGAUUUUCAAAGUUAUGAUGACUUUAUGAAAAAAAUUAAAACGAGUGCGUAUAGUUUCCCGUAAAGUUGUACUUACGAAAUAUUUUGCAUACAUCACGUAAACCAAUUAUCCAGACCUUAGUUGAUCGCACUUGACUCGUAGGAAAAAUUGUAAAGAAUAUUAAUUGAAAAAAUAAUUAAGCUUUGUAAAUAAGUCAACACUUCAUGUAGAUUGUAUUAGUGAAUAAAUAGUUCAAAAUAAAAACUGUAAUGCUUACAACAUCCUUGCACAAACUCUAAAUAUAUAUUUUAUUUCGUUACAAA